UUUUCAUUUCAGUUUUACUUGCAUGAAAAAAUGACCAUAUCCAACAUGAAAAAAAUUACAAUAUAAGAGGAUAUUUGCAGUGUGUAUGGAAAAGGGUUGCCCAGGAUGAAGAAGAGUUUUUGGAACUAGAGCAAAGAACUGAUGGAACAAAAGAAACACCUCAAAUUUGUAAAAAUGAAAGCUCUGAAAUAUCAAAACCUACAAAGCUUACAUUAAAAAAAGCACAUUUUAAUUGGCUAAGGAAUGAUAAUCAAUUAUUGACAGGGACAUUCCAUCACUGCAAGGGUAUGAAGUCUCCUGCCGAUUCCAUUAUGCCUCUCUUACGUAGAGACAAUUCUUUUGCUGAAACCUGUAGCUUUACAGGUAGCCACAAAUGGGAACAACUAAGCCUUGGAGCAACUCCUGGAUCUUCUGUCGAUUUGGAAUGGGAAAAUGAAAUUGGAUUCAACUCCUCUUCCAAUAUUGGUGCUACGGAGGAACUCCAGUGGAUGGUGCUAACAGAGAACACUAACAACUCAUGGAGGUCUUCACCGAUUUCGAACAGUAAUGGUUUGGAAUGGGAUGGAGAUUUUACGAGUGUCGAUAUAUCAGAUUUAGUAGCUGAAACUCAGAGACUUACUGUUGACGUAGAACAAAAUAUAGAGCAAGACACCUCCACCACUACAUUUAGAGAUAUAGACAACAACAGCUGACUGGUUAUAUUGCAUGAAAUGCAUGGGUAAUAGUUUUUUAGAUCACCUAGAGCUUAUUGUAAGCAAAUUAUACUUGAUAUGCCAAGUGUUACUGUGUAUAUAUUUCCUGAAAUAUUUUAAAGAUUGCACAUGUGCCUAUUGUCAUGGAUCAACAAGAAGGAUAUGGUAUUCCUUCAUAUUCACUGUACUCUAAAGAAAAAGAGUGCUAUCUUUCCCAGUUUUGUUGUUUAAAGAUAUUUGAUACAGUUGCUACAAAAAGGUAUAAUGAGUAUAUUUUUGUACAGUUGUGGAAAAAUUUGUUAAAUUAAUCUUUAUUAAUCAUGUAAGGUUACUUGUUUAAUCUGCACACAGAAAGAAAUGUUAAACUAUAUUUUAGUUGAGAUAUUUAAAAUUAUACUUCAUCAUGUCUUCUUUUUUAUUAUUAUAAAAUUUUAUGUGUUUAUCAUAUUGGUGUUUUUGUGAUAAUUAUAAGAAGGAUUUAGAUUUGUAACUAAAACUGGAGAUUUGUGGUACAAUAUGCUAUAUUAUAUAUCACUUAGAAAAGGCCUUAUAACAAACUUUUUACAAGAUUUUCCAUAAAAGGCAUUUGCAAAUUUCUUUUUUAAAGUGUAAUAUGAGACCUAUUUUAAUAGGGGUUAGGUAUCUACUCUUCAAUUUCAGAAAUGUGACAUAGUGCAGAAUUUUUCUGUGCUAAAUAAAUAUUUUGAAAGUUGAAUGGUUAAAAUAUUAGUUUGGAACUUUUUGAAGCAUGAUUUGUCAAUAAGUUUUAGAUUGUGAAUUUUAUAAAUUUAUGCAAGUUUAAAACUUUUUUUAAUAGAAAUCUUAAAUCAUAUUUUUGUCAUUUUUCAAUUAACUAUUCAGCAAAAGCUAGUCUGUAUUUAUGAGAGGAAUAGUUCACAUAUUGUUAACAUCAUUAUUGUCAGUGAUUUCUAUUUGUGAGAAAUAUUACUCGAAAGCUACUUAUGUUAUUGCUUGGAAAUUUUUGCUGUACUUGAUGUAAUAGUACUUCUUAGCUGUAAAAAAGAAGUACUAUUACUUUCACUGCACUUCUUUAUUAAUAAAAAUUAUUUUAUUUUCGUUUUUUUUUAUGCAGUUAGUUCAAAAAUAUUGAAAAUAAUUAAAAAUAUGUUAGUUUUCUGUCAAAGUCAUAUCAUACAUUUUUGGGCCAUAUUGGCACAUUUUAGUUCUUUUCUCUCCUCUGGCCUUUGACUCAGUACUAGAUGAAAUCGAACGAGCAGGAAUAGCAGCAAGGAAACAUUUCUGAUUUUAUGGUAAAAUUAAAAAAAAAAAAAAAAAAAAAACACUCUUAAAAAAAGAACUUG